AUGCUGUUUUCUCCCUGGGUUGACACUAUUGCUUGUCUGCUAGCAUUUGGAGUGUCCGACAUUGGUGCCACUGUUCUCAGACAAGGAUACGCUCAUCAUGGCCUUCCCCCACCUUCCGAGGUGCCUUACACUGGACAUCAUGGCGCCAAUACAACAAGGUUGCAUGGAGGUGUUGCUUCCGAGAGCACUAUCUGCUCAGGAAUUGGACGCGAUCUGCUGCUGAAAGGUGGUACAGCUGCUGACGCAAUGGUUGGAACCACCUUCUGCGUUGGUGUGAUUGGCAUGUAUCAUUCUGGGAUAGGCGGCGGUGGUUUCAUGCUGGUCAGAGGCGCCGACGGAGAGUACGAAUUCAUUGACUUUCGGGAAUCGGCGCCUGCAGCCGCGUUCCAGGACAUGUACAAGAACAACACGGAUGCGAGUAUCUAUGGAGGCUUAGCAAGUGGUAUUCCUGGCGAAGUCCGCGGACUAGCUCAUUUGCACCAAAAGUAUGGCAAACUGCCGUGGAAAGAGGUUAUGCAGGGCGCGAUCAAGACCGCUCGCUAUGGUUUCCCAGUCACAGCUGACCUAGUCCGCUAUAUGGCUUCUGCCACGGCAGGCGCGACGUCCAAUUUCCUCGUUGACGACCCGAAUUGGGCCAUCGAUUUUGCACCCAAUGGCACUCUGCUGCGGCUCAACGAUACUAUCACCCGUCAGCGCUAUGCUUCCACCCUGGAGGCCAUCGCAGAGCGCGGACCCGACGCUUUCUACACUGGCCCCAUCGCCGAAGCCAUGAUUGACACGCUGCAAGCAGCCAACGGAACAAUGACCAUGGAGGACUUGAAGAACUACACAGUUGCAAUCCGGGACCCUGUCGAAAUUGAUUACAGAGGGUACAAACUGAAGAGUGUGAGUGCGCCAGCCUCGGGCGGUGUGGUGCUAGCCAUCAUGAAAACAUUAGAAGGAUACAACACAAUGGGCGAUGAAGCAUAUCUGAAUCUCAGCACCCAUCACCUUGAUGAAGCAACACGCUUCGGAUACGGCUUUCGUGCUUCGAUGGGAGAUCCGUUGUUCGUUGAAGGCAUGGAUGAAUACCAGGCCGAGAUUAUCAACGCAACGACCGCGGCAAAUAUCCGUCACCUCAUAUCAGACACGCAUACUCUCAACGUAUCGUCCUACGACCCCAAGAACUUGGAGAUCAUGGAGACUCCUGGUACCUCUCACGUGGUGACUGCUGACAGCUCCGGCAUGGCAAUUUCACUCACCACGACAGUCAACCUUCUGUUUGGCAGUCAGCUCAUCGUUCCCUCAACAGGAGUAAUCAUGAACAACGAGAUGAACGACUUUUCGAUCCCUGGAACCAAAAACGCCUUCGGUCUUGUGCCCUCAGAAAGCAAUUUUGUGCGUCCUGGGAAGAGACCGAUGUCCUCCAUCUCUUGCACGAUCGCAGAAUACCCCGACGGCUCUCUCUACUUUGUCACAGGAUCUGCAGGAGGUAGUAGAAUCAUCACGGCGACCUUGCAGACACUAUGGCAUGUUUUGGACCAGAACAUGACUUCUGCCGAAGCGUUGGCAGCGCCACGUCUGCAUGAUCAGCUGUCUCCUAAUUAUGUGAGCUUUGAGUAUGCAUACGACAACCAGACGGUAGAUUAUAUGAAGAGCUUGGGUCACAAUGUCACCUGGGUAGCUCCAGGACAGAGCACAGCACAAUGUCUGCGAGUGCUGAGUAACGGCACUUUUGAUGUUGCUAGUGAGCCUCGUCAGUUGAACACGGGUGCAUACGCUGUAUAA